GCAGGCUGAAUUUGGCCGCCAAUCCACACGCCAUUGAAGUCAGACUAGGCCUGGAUUGAUCAUGGACCCCUGUACUAGUGCCCAGGACGUGAUGCGAUGUAACUUGUGCGAAACUGCUGUAGUAGAGAUGCACUGUGAUACAUGCCUUUUCAAUAUGUGUAAGGCCUGUGUGGGAGAACACAUGAUAUCUGAUGAAUUCCAAAAACAUGAAAUUGUUCGAUUCACUCUUAGAAAAUCCACCAUUCUUUACCCUGAAUGUUCAUCUCAUGUCAAAGAACGAUGUGAAAUGUACUGUAAUCAAUGUGACAUUCCUGUGUGUGUCACCUGCCUUGCUUCAGAUCAACAUCUAGGUCAUAAAUUAUUAAAAAUUUUACAAGUUCUUGAGAAGAAAAAAGAAAAGAUCAACAAAGAGCAAACGGAGUUAAAUGACACAAUUUACCCAACCUACCAAGACAUUGCCUCUGAUGUACAAAACAGAAUGAGUCAGUUAGAAAAGGAAUAUGGAGAUCUCUCAACAGCCAUAACAAAACAUGGAGAAAACUGUCACCAAGAAAUUACCAAACAUGUCAAGAAACUUAAAGCUGAAGUUGAUGAGAUGAAAAACUCACAGUUACAAACACUACAGAAACAUCUGGAUGAAAUAAACGAGAACAUUUCUGAAAUCAAGGAUGAAAUCAAUUCAAACGACGUUGCUGUAAAUUCUAAUGACAUUUCAAAAGUAUUCACUUAUACAUCAGAUAUAAAUAGACACAGAAAUCUUCCUGAAAAGAUAUUGAUCUCUUUACCUAAAUUUACUCCAGGAAGGAUCCAAGGCGCCGAACUUUCUAAAUUUUUCGGAACCUUAUCAUCAAGUUCCCUCACUUCAAAAAAGCAAGGCUACAGCAUGAAGACAACACUGGACUCACCAGAAGCUGGAUCCUCUCCUCCAGUCAAACAGCUGUUGGAUGAACCAGAGAUUGUCAUCACCAUAGACACUGAGUAUACAAACAUUCGGAAUGUGGCCUGUCUGAGUGAUGAAGAAAUCUGGACAAGUGGACAAUAUAACAACACCAUGAAACUCUACAGCAUCAAUCAGGGAUCACUACUCAAGUCAAUCACAACCAAGUCUGGGGACACACCAGCUAACAUAGCAGUGACAAAAAGUGGAGAUCUAAUUUAUACUGAUUGGCGGUACAGAACUGUGAACAUUGUGAAGAAUAAGGAGAUAGAAGAAAUGAUCAGAUUAACGAAAUGUAAUCGUCAUGUUGUCUGCAGCACAUUCUCUGGAGAUUUAUUGGUUGUCAUGGAUAGUGAUGACGUGCAACCAUCAAAGAUUGUCCGUUACUCUGGUUCCACAGAGAAACAAACCAUCCAGUUUGAUGAUAAAGGUAAACCUCUAUAUUCGUCCGGUCCUUCUACGAGGCAUAUAACAGAGAGCAGGAACCUGGAUAUCUGUGUGUCUGACUGUGAAGCUGGAGCAGUAGUGGUGGUCAAUCGGGCUGGGAAACUGAGAUUCAGGUACACUGGGCAUAUUCCAGCUUCAAAGAAUAAACCGUUCAGUCCACUAGGAAUCACCACAGACAGUCAGAGUCACAUUCUUACAGCUGAUAAAAGCAAUGACUGUGUCCACAUCAUAGACCAGGAUGGACAGUUCCUCUGUUAUAUCAAUUGUGGACUGAGAUAUCCAUGGGGACUGUGUACAGACAUAAAUGACUAUCUAUAUGUUUCUCAAUAUGACGAAGGACAAGUGAAGAAAAUCAGAUAUCUGCAGUAUAGGCCUAUUCUGGUCAUGGACCCCCGUACCAGUGCCCAGGACGUGAUGCGAUGUGACCUGUGUGAGACUGCUGUGGUACAGAUGCAUUGUGAUACAUGUCUUGUCAACCUGUGUAAGGCCUGUGUUGGAGAACACAUGUUAUCUGAUGAAUCCAAAAAACAUGAACUUGUCCCAUUCAAGCUUCGAAAAUCUACACUACUUUAUCCUGGAUGUCAAUCUCAUGUUCAAGAACGAUGUGAAAUGUACUGUAAUCAAUGUGAUAUUCAAGUGUGUGCCACCUGUCUCGCUUCUGAUCAACAUAUUGGUCAUAAAUUAUUAAAAGUCAUAAAAGUUAUUGAUGAAAAAAAGGAAAACAUCAUUAAAGAACAAAUUGAGCUAAAUGAGACAAUUUACCCCACCUACCAGGACAUUGCCUCUGAUGUACAAAACAUAAUGAGUCAGUUAGAAAAGGAAUACGGAGACGUCUCAACAGCCAUAACUAAACAUGGAGAGGACUGGCACAGAGAAAUUGACAAACAUGUCAUGAAACUUAAAGCUGAAGUUGAUGAGAUGAAAAACACACAGUUACAAACUCUACAGAAACAUCUGAAUGAAAUAAACAAUAGAAUUUCUGAAAUCAAGACUGAAAUCAGUUCAUUUGAUGUUUUUUUAGAUUCUAAAGACAUUUCAAAAAUAUUCAAUGUUACAUCUAAAAUAGACAGACACAGAAAUCUACCAGAAAAAAUUGUGCCCUCUUUACCUAAAUUUACUCCAGAAAGAAUUGAAGGAGAAGAACUUUGUAAAAUAUUUGGAGCAUUAAUAGCAUCAAGUUCUUUAACAUCAGAUAAACAUGGCUACAGCAUGAAGACAACACAGAAAUCACCAGAAGCUGGAUCCUCUCCUCCAGUCAAACAACUGCUUGAUGAACCAGAAACUGUCAGCACAAUAGACACUGGGUAUGAAUACCUUAUCAAUGUGGCCUGUCUGAGUGAUGAAGAAAUCUGGACAAGUGGAAAAGGCAACACCAUGAAACUCUACAGCAUCAAUCAGGGAUCACUACUCAAGUCAAUCACAACCAAGUCAGGGAAAACAUCAAAUGACAUAGCAGGGACAAAAAGUGGAGAUCUAGUUUACACUGAUUACGGUAAUAGAACUGUGAACAUUUUGAAGAAUGAGAAGAUAGAGGAGGUGAUCAGACUACAGAACUGGGAACCUCUUGGUGUCUGUAAUACCUCCUCUGGUGACCUCCUGGUUAUCAUGUACAGUAAUGAUUACAAACAAACAAAAGUUGUCCGUUACUCUGGCUCCACAGAGAAACAAACCAUUCAGUUUGAUGAUAAAGGUAAACCUCUUUAUUCAUCUGGUAAUUGUUACAGAUUUAUAACUGAGAACAGGAACCUGGAUAUCUGUGCAUCUGACAAAGGAGCUAAAGCAGUAGUGGUGGUCAAUCAGGCCGGGAAACUGAGAUUCAGGUACACUGGACAUACUCCUGCUCCAAAAAACAAACCAUUCGGUCCACGAGGAAUCACCACAGACAGUCAGAGUCACAUCCUGACAGCUGAUGAUUACAAUGACUGUGUCCACAUCAUAGACCAGGAUGGACAGUUCCUCUGUUACAUAGACUGUGGACUGAGUGAACCUAUGGGACUGUGUACAGAUACAAAUGACAAUCUGUUUGCUGCUCAAUAUGAAAACAGAGAAGUGAAGAAAAUCAAAUAUCUGCAGUGA